AUGAGCAAAAGGCUGCUCAUUGGCUGCACAAAACAGAGAACUCGAGCUAAACUAGCAGCUAGCUAAACAACAAACAACAUCAGUCAGUUAUACAGCAUCAACGCCCCAGGUUGAAAAGGAGAGAGGGGAGACAUAGCUAGAUUUUCAUAUCAAGUGAGGUUUGCUAAAGCAUGCCGAUACUGGCAAAGAGGUUAGCUAGCUAGUAGUAGUAGCUGGUUAGACUAACUGCAUUGGCCCCAGCGUCUUCGAUAAAGCAAGACAAGAGCUGAACUGCAGUCAAAGGCUAUAGCCAGAACGGAGUUAUUGGCGUAGCUAACCAUUUCAAUGCUAUUUUUAAACAAGAAGACGUUCGAGCACAAUGUCCUGCUCUGGGAAUCUGGUUUGGGAUGUUAAUAAGCGCUCAAUUGGAUACAACGAACCCAAUCUCGUCAGGAUCAACUACUUGGGGAGAAGAGAAUUUGUCCAGCGGCUAAAACUCGAAGCGACCCUCAACGUGCACGAUGGCUGUGUCAACACCAUAUCCUGGAACGACACGGGAGAGUACAUCCUGUCAGGGUCGGAUGACACCAACCUGGUCAUCACCAACCCUUACAACAAGAAGGUCAAGGCCACCAUCCGUUCGGGUCACCGUGCCAACAUCUUCAGUGCGAAGUUCAUGCCUCAGACCAGCGACCAGCAGAUCAUCUCGUGUUCUGGCGACGGCAUCAUCUACUACACACACACAGAGAAGAGCCCGGAUAUCAACCGGCUUUGCCAGUUCACCUGCCACUACGGUACCGCCUACGAGAUCAUGACUGUUCCCAAUGAUCCCUACACGUUCCUGUCGUGUGGGGAGGACGGGACGGUGAGAUGGUUCGACCUGCGCAUGAAGACCAGCUGCACUAAAGAGGACUGCAAAGAUGUAAGUUAUGACCUCCUGUACUGAAACUUAGC